AUGGCUCCUGCAGGCCCCAUCACAACAGAGCUGACCAAGGUGCUCGGCAUCAAGCACCCGAUCCUCCUUGCCGGCAUGGCGCGCGUGUCCGGCGGGCCCCUCGCCGCGGCCGUCUCCAACGCCGGCGGCCUCGGUGUCAUUGGCGGCUUCAAGUACACGCCCGAGCAGCUCAAGGACAUCCUCGCCGAGAUGAAGGCCAACCUGGCCAGCCCGGACCUGCCCUUUGGCGUGGACCUCGCGCUGCCGCAAGUCGGCGGCAACGCGCGCAAGACCAACUACGACUACACCGACGGCAAGCUCGACGAGCUCAUCGACCUGACCAUCGACAGCGGCGCCAAGCUGUUUGUCUGCGCCGUCGGCGUCCCGCCAAAGUACAUCAUCGAGAAGCUGCACAAGAACAACAUCCUGGUGAUGAACAUGGUCGGCCACCCGAAGCACGCGAGAAAGGCGCUGGACCUGGGCGUCGACAUGGUCUGCGCGCAGGGCACCGAGGGCGGCGGCCACACGGGCGAGAUUGCCACGUCGAUCCUCAUCCCGGCCGUGGUGGACGUGGCGCGGCAGUACCGCCCGCCGAUGCUGGGCGGCUCGACGGCGCUCGUCGUCGCGGCGGGCGGCAUCUCCAACGGCCGCGGGCUGGCGUCGUCGCUGAUGCAGGGCGCGUCGGGCGUCUGGGUCGGCACGCGCUUCGUGGCCUCCAAGGAGGCCAACUGCAGCGAGCAGCACAAGGAGGCCGUCGUAUCGUGCGCGUACGACGAGACGGAGCGCUCGCUGGUGCUGACCGGCCGGCCCAUCCGCCUCAAGCUCAACGACUACAUCCGCCAGUGGCACGCCCGGCCGCAGGAAAUCCAGGCGCUCUGCGAUAAAGGUGUAGCGCCCAUCAUGCACGACUUUGAUAACGGCAAGGAGGACAUUGACCUGCCGCACCUGAUGGGCCAGGUGGCGGCGUCGAUUACAAAGGUGCAGCCCGCCGGCGAGAUUGUGGAUGAAAUGGUGGCGGAGGCGACGGAGAUGCUGCACAAGGCUAGCACGUUUGUCGGUCCAUCUAGCAAGCUGUAA